AAAUAAUUUUCAAUGCGUGAAAUUAGUAUGCAAAGCUAAUGAACGUUAUAUUGAAAUGGAAAACGGUUUUCGACGAGGAUGGGAUUCGAACCCACGCGUGCAGAGCACAAUGGAUUAGCAGUCCAUCGCCUUAACCACUCGGCCACCUCGUCUUGUACGUGAGUAGAGUGAAAUCCACGGUAUUUACAGAGCACCAUACGGCUUUCAUCGUUUAAUUGUAAGGAAUUCAUUUAAAAUGAUUAUUCUGGUGUAAAUAUUCGUUCUGUACACGGAAGACGUGUAUAUACAAAGCAGUAGAAUGUAUAUGCAGUCUAAUCGUCCCUGCUGUAUUUAAUGCUACUAUAUUCUAAUGUUUACGGUAAUAAGACACCCUGCAUUUAAACCAUAAGAUGUGUCUGAAAAAGUGCAUUCAGGUUCAUUUUUAUCCGCUAAGAUUUAUUGUUUGGACACAAACCCUUAGUAUAUUGUGAGAUUUCUUUAGGGUAAUGGAUAUUUAACACUAUGCAUUCAUAUGCAACUGUCAAACGGGCAAAAUCCUAACAUAGUGCACUACCUAGUGGAUAGGGUGUGGUUUUGGACAUACUGCAUCGCCAAUUGUUUGUUUCUAUACUAAAUAGUAUAUCAAAAUAGCAGGCCAUUUAUCAGUAUUUCUAUGAUGGUAUGCGAUUUGAGACGCAGUCGCAUUUUCAUGACUUCUAUCAUCUCGGCUUGACUUGGAUUAAACCAUAACAAUACUGAUCGCAUCACCUUGUUCUCUUUUAAAGAAACAGGGAGUGACGUCAAAAACCUGCGACAUGGCACGAAGGACCGCGCCGUAAUGAGUGAAGGAGAAGCUCGUAAGGUUUACCAAAAUAGCAAGAUACCAAAAUAACAUAUUUACACUGGACAGGCUAUUAUUUUGCGACUGGUAAUGUUUGUGUGAUGUUAACAGACUGAUCUCAUACAGAAAAGGAUGGACUUGUGUGUAAAAUCCUAAGCUGUAGAUACAUAAGGGGUGGUGUUGAUGGGUUUAGUGUAUCUGGAGGAUAUUGCAGUGAUUUAGUGCAGAAAUGAAGUAGCCGAGCUACACGUCUGGUGAGCACCACAGAUAAGAGUUUUCUUCAUGCAUAUUCUCUAGAAAACGACAAAGUUUUUGGAAUGCAUUUCUUCAAAAAAUGCUCCGUGUUUAAAGUGGUGCUGAGUGCCCUGCUCAUUGUAGCCCUACUGCAGCUCAUCUACUUGUCGUUCCUGUCAAAGCUACACGGCAAACAGCAGCGCUACAAGUAUUCAGAGCUGUUCGGCUCCAAGAAGAACACACAACCCAAUGAUAAGAACUCUAAGCGGGAACGCCUGAGAUACUCCUUAUCCAGCGGAGGCAUCUUCGACAGCAGUGGUCAGUACCGUGUGUACAAAAACCUUAUCAAGAGUGACUUCUCCACCAACCAGAAGCUGGGAGCAGAUCCAAGAUCCCAUCACCUCGCCUUGGUGACACACACAACCAUCAACAACCUUCAUCAUUUGGAUUCCUUGCUUGAACGCUGGCAAAAUCCGCUCUCCGUGGCUAUUUUCGCUCAUGGCCAAGAUGUCAAGUUUGCCACGGCCCUUGUCUAUGCUCUCAGUCUCUUCUGUCCACGCGUCCAAGCCUUGGUGGAUUUCCACCUGGUGUGCCACUCGGAGGAGAUGGCCAGCUUCCCGGAGCAAGACAGGGAGCACUUCGCUGGACUCGAGGAACAAGGCUGUCCUGGUGUCUUUGCUAAGCUUGAAUCCCACCGGGACAAGUACAAGAACUAUGCUAUGGGAAGAAACGUCUCUUACCCCAACAACCUUCUCCGCAACGUGGCCCGGACAGGCACAGACGCCGCCUACAUCCUCGUCCUCGACAUUGACAUGGUACCCAGCGCAGACCUGCAUCAUCAGUUUGUGAUGAUGCUGAUGAAGCGCGAGCCGGCCCCGGACGAGGUUCUGGUCCUGCCUGCUUUUGAAAUUAGGCACACACGCAAGAUGCCUGCUACGAAAUCCGAGCUUGCGCAGCUGUACCUGGUCGGUGAGGUGAGGCCCUUCUAUGAGGAACUGUGCCCACGAUGCCAGGCACCCACCAACUACUCCCGCUGGAUUAAUCUGGUUAGCAAGAGCUCCGGGCCUCUGGAGGUGGCGUAUACGCAGAACUGGGUCGACCCAUGGGAACCCUUUUACAUCGGGGCUAAAUCAGUACCACUGUAUGACGAGAACUUCAGACAGUACGGCUUCAACCGUAUCAGUCAAGCCUGUGAGCUUCAUGUGGCAGGGUUCAGGUUCUCCGUGGUGAGUAACGCCUUUGUGGUGCAUCGAGGCUUUAAGGUUCAGGGCGACUUCCACAGCCGCAAGGACGAGGAGAACCGCAGAAACCGGCUGCUCUUCCGCAGCUUCAAGGAAGGUCUGAAAAACAAAUACCCCAACUCCCCUCGCCACUGCUGAGGCCUGGAUCUCCUGACGAACAUCCAGGCCUCGUUAGUGAAGCUUUAAGGUACAAUAUAAUGAUGAAGAAAUGGCUUACCAGUGCUACACACUGCUGCAGAAGUGCUGGGUAAAAUAUAUGACAUAAACUGGAGAAUGACUCUUUGUUACAGUUACUGAUGUUCUGAUGUCAUGGCACACAAUUUGGACUUGCAUACUAACAGUAUACUAAUAGUAUGUGACAAUCCGGGUGUAGAAAUUGUGACAUGUUUCUUAUUGAUUAUUUAAUGUAUUGUGGUUAAUGUGUCAGUACACUGAACGGAGAACAGGGUCUCCAUCAAUGUAACACUGGAAAUGAGACACAAUGCCAAGGAUAUUAAAUUAUUACAUCUGUUUUAUGAUUAUAUCCACGUGAAAGUUCUCUGUCUGUGUACGAAAACCUCGACUGUGAAGAGAAACACGAACAGGUCCUUUAGUAUUUGUGUUUUUACUGUGGAUUAAACAUUCACCUUUUUCAAGCUAGUACAGUUUAUCUAUUUUUAUGACCCACUUUACUUCAUUUUUAAUUACAGAAUUUGAGUCUUUCACGCCACUUUACAAUAUUACAGUGAAAGCGUUAUUGGUGAUAAUACAUAUAAACCAUGAACAGUGUUGUAUUCCACAGCAUUAAAACACUUAGUGUAGGAUAGGGGUGUAUCCAAAGGUUAGUACACUAAAUCAGAGCGAAGAUAAAUACUGCAAAACUAUUAUAGGUGUGAUGAUGUACUGUACUGAUGAUGUACUGUAGUGUAACUCCGCAGUACUGAGACUGUCAAUCAGGUUCUCUUUACAUUUAUCCCAAAGCUAAACAAUGUUCUGAAGCUUAUCUGUGUAAGUAGGCUAACACUGACAAACAAAAUGUUGUUAGUAAUAUUGUACUUUUUACAAAAUGGUUGUGUGAGGAUUGUGUAACCUGUCUCUAUACUUGCCUAGGAUUAUUCACGGAAAUGAGACUGAGAGAAAACACCUUAUAUUAUGAUUUUUGUAUCUAAAUGGUGUGAUUAAUUGUAACUUAAUUAACAGUUGUGGUAUGUAACAGAUAUUAAAACCCCAUAUUAUUAUUAUGUCUGAGAAAAUACAGCAUUGGUGUUAUACUAAUUAAAAUUGAUAUACAAUUAAUUGCUGCUAAGUAAGAAGAGAAGUGUUGAUUGUUGCAAUUUUUUUCCUUAGCAUUUUUUUUCGUAGCAUUUUUACGCUCAUUUUUCUUACAUGAACCACUAUAUUUCCAAAUAUAUGCUCUGUUCUGACUAAAGCAUGUGAUUGUACAUAGUUUUAUUUAAUUUAUUUUCACAAGAUUUCUUUGUUAAUGUCUGUCUUAACUAAUAAUUGUUAUUAUUUCUAACACUACCAGCAUGGUCGAUCAGUAUUAUCCACUACAAUUGGACCCAAAUCACAAUGGCCAAUGUACAACACCACUGUAUCAAUAGCAGGGAGAAGCGUGUAGGAGCUGAUGUGUGGGGAUUUUUCUCCCAGUGUGUUUGUCACUGUGCCUUUGUUUCCAUUUGUAGCACUUCUGAAAGUAUUUUUGAAAUGAUUUUUGUUACUUGCUCAUUUCUUUGAUGCGGUAAAUUAUAUGACACUAUACUGCAUUUGUCGAUAUUUGAGUACUGCUUGAAUUGUAAGUAGCUAUAGGAUGUUUUAUUAUACACUGAUACAUGAAUAAAUGUGUAUGAAUAUCAUUUGGUGUUUAGCUGUGUGAUAUUAACCAUAAUGUGAACUACAGUGCAUGUCUUUAGUGUUUAAUUGACAGGCUACUUCUGGUUGUGAGAGGACCAAUAGGGGGCAGUGGAGCAACAUGGAUAGACUAGGAACAGACUAGAAUAGAAUAUUGUUUGGCCAGUUAUCUGUGUUUCUGUAAAUCCAUGUAAAUUCAAUGCAAUACAAUAUUAAUUUAAUGGUACUUAAUAAAUAUGUCAGUGGUGGCUCAGUGGGUAGCGUUGCUGCCUCACAGCUCAGGGUUCUCUGGCUCAAUCCUGAGCUUGGGUUACUGUCUGUAUGGAUGAUCCUUGGAAGUUUUUUGAGUGGGUUUCCUCUGGGUUCUCUGGUUUCCUCACAAAAAACAUAACAGCACGUGGACUGGCUAACCUAAAUUAACCCUAGGUGUCAAUGUGUGUGCAUGGUGCGCUGCAUCCCACCCAAGGUGUUUUC